GCGUGGAUGGAUGAGGUCAGCGCUGUCGUGUCGGGAAUGGAAUGUGUAAGUGUAACAUUCAGAACCGGGUAACAUUCGGCGACCGAACGCGGCGGUCGGCAGCGAUCGCGCGGGGGCCUGCGAAGCGCCGCUCGGGGCCGGCACUGCCCGCGGGGAGGACGCGCCGCCGCUGCCGCCACCCAGCGCCGCCGCCGCCGCUGCCACCUCCAGCCCCGGCCGCCGCGCGUCCCGGGGGCCGGCCCCGCGAGCGCAGGAGUAAACACCGCCGGAGUCUUGGAGCCGCUGCAGAAGGGAAUAAAGAGAGAUGCAGGGAUUUGUGAGGUUACGGCGCCCCAGCUGCAGGAUGCACUAGCCGGCUGAACCCGGGAUCGGCCGACUCGUGGGAACCGGAGUGCUCUGCACGGAGAGUGGUGGAUGAGUUGAAGUUGCCUUCCCGGGGCUCGUUUUCCACGCUGCCGAGAGGAAUCCGAGAGGCAAGGCAAUCACUUCGCCUUGCCAUUGAUUGGGUAUCGGGAGCUUUUUUUUUUUUUUUUUCCUCCCCUCUCUCUUUCUUUUCCUCCGUCUUGUUGCAUGCAAGAAAAUUAUAGUCCGCUGCUCGCCCGCCCUGGGUGCGAAAUAUUCAGCCCCGCUCUCUCCCGUGCAUCGUGCAACCCGAAGAUGAAAGACCGAAGGGGAGAAAGUUAAAGAAAUCGCCCACAUGCGCUGGAUCAGUCCACGGCUUGGGGAAAGGCAUCCAGAGAAGGUGGAAGCGGAGAGUUUGAAGUCUUUACAGGCGGGAAGAUGGCGGACUGGAGCUGAAAGUGUUGAUUGGGAAACUUGGGUGAUUCUUGUGUUUAUUUACAAUCCUCUUGACCCAGGCAGGACACAUGCAGGCCAAAAAACGCUAUUUCAUCCUGCUCUCAGCUGGCUCUUGUCUCGCCCUUUUGUUUUAUUUCGGAGGCUUGCAGUUUAGGGCAUCGAGGAGCCACAGCCGGAGAGAAGAGCACAGCGGUCGGAAUGGCUUGCACCACCCCAGUCCGGAUCGUUUCUGGCCCCGCUUCCCGGACGCUCUGCGCCCCUUCGUUCCUUGGGAUCAAUUGGAAAACGAGGAUUCCAGCGUGCACAUGUCCCCCCGGCAGAAGCGAGAUGCCAACUCGAGCAUCUACAAAGGCAAGAAGUGCCGCAUGGAGUCCUGCUUCGAUUUCGCCCUUUGCAAGAAAAACGGCUUCAAAGUCUACGUAUACCCGCAGCAAAAAGGGGAGAAAAUCGCCGAAAGUUACCAAAACAUUCUAGCGGCCAUCGAGGGCUCCAGGUUCUACACCUCGGACCCCAGCCAGGCGUGCCUCUUUGUCCUGAGUCUGGAUACUUUAGACAGAGACCAGUUGUCACCUCAGUAUGUGCACAAUUUGAGAUCCAAAGUGCAGAGUCUCCACUUGUGGAACAAUGGUAGGAAUCAUUUAAUUUUUAAUUUAUAUUCCGGCACUUGGCCUGACUACACCGAGGACGUGGGGUUUGACAUCGGCCAGGCGAUGCUGGCCAAAGCCAGCAUCAGUACUGAAAACUUCCGACCCAACUUUGAUGUUUCUAUUCCCCUCUUUUCUAAGGAUCACCCCAGGACAGGAGGGGAGAGGGGGUUUUUGAAGUUCAACACUAUCCCUCCUCUCAGGAAGUAUAUGCUGGUAUUCAAGGGGAAGAGGUACCUGACAGGGAUAGGGUCAGACACCAGGAAUGCCUUAUAUCACGUCCAUAACGGGGAGGACGUUGUUCUCCUCACCACCUGCAAGCAUGGCAAAGACUGGCAAAAGCACAAGGAUUCUCGCUGUGACAGAGACAACACCGAGUAUGAGAAGUAUGAUUAUCGGGAAAUGCUGCACAAUGCCACUUUCUGUCUGGUUCCUCGUGGUCGCAGGCUUGGGUCCUUCAGAUUCCUGGAGGCUUUGCAGGCUGCCUGUGUCCCUGUGAUGCUCAGCAAUGGAUGGGAGCUGCCAUUCUCUGAAGUGAUUAAUUGGAACCAAGCUGCCGUCAUAGGCGAUGAGAGAUUGUUACUACAGAUUCCUUCUACAAUCAGGUCUAUUCAUCAGGAUAAAAUCCUAGCACUUAGACAGCAGACACAAUUCUUGUGGGAGGCUUAUUUUUCUUCAGUUGAGAAGAUUGUAUUAACUACACUAGAGAUUAUUCAGGACAGAAUAUUCAAGCACAUAUCACGUAACAGUUUAAUAUGGAACAAACAUCCGGGAGGAUUGUUCGUACUACCACAGUAUUCAUCUUACCUGGGAGAUUUUCCUUACUACUAUGCUAAUUUAGGUUUAAAGCCCCCCUCCAAAUUCACUGCAGUCAUCCAUGCGGUGACCCCCCUGGUCUCUCAGUCCCAGCCAGUGUUGAAGCUUCUUGUGGCUGCAGCCAAGUCCCAGUACUGUGCCCAGAUCAUAGUUCUAUGGAAUUGUGACAAGCCUCUACCAGCCAAACACCGCUGGCCUGCCACUGCUGUGCCUGUCAUCGUCAUUGAAGGAGAGAGCAAGGUUAUGAGCAGCCGUUUUCUGCCCUACGACAACAUCAUCACAGACGCUGUGCUCAGCCUUGACGAGGACACUGUGCUUUCAACCACAGAGGUGGAUUUUGCCUUCACGGUGUGGCAGAGCUUCCCUGAGAGGAUUGUGGGGUACCCCGCGCGCAGCCACUUCUGGGAUAACUCUAAAGAGCGGUGGGGAUACACAUCAAAGUGGACGAACGACUACUCCAUGGUGUUGACAGGAGCUGCUAUUUACCACAAAUAUUAUCACUACCUGUACUCCCAUUACCUGCCAGCCAGCCUGAAGAACAUGGUGGACCAAUUGGCCAAUUGUGAGGACAUUCUCAUGAACUUCCUGGUGUCUGCUGUGACAAAAUUGCCUCCAAUCAAAGUGACCCAGAAGAAGCAGUAUAAGGAGACAAUGAUGGGACAGACUUCUCGGGCUUCCCGUUGGGCUGACCCUGACCACUUUGCCCAGCGACAGAGCUGCAUGAAUACGUUUGCCAGCUGGUUUGGCUACAUGCCGCUGAUCCACUCUCAGAUGAGGCUCGACCCCGUCCUUUUUAAAGACCAGGUCUCUAUUUUGAGGAAGAAAUACCGAGACAUUGAGCGACUUUGAGGAAUACAGCCAAGUGGGGGAGGGGAAGCGAGAAGGGACUGGGGUCAAGCUGCUCUCUCUUCCCAGUGCAGAUCCGCUCAUCAGCAGAGCCAGAUUGUGCCAACUAUCCAAAAACUUAGAUGAACAGAAUGACAAAACAAAACAAAAAAAGACCAAUGAGAACUCGACUCCUGGCUCCUGGGACUGCACUGGACUGCUCCAAACUCACCUCACUGGCUUCUGUCCCAAGACUAGGUUGUGUACAGUUUAAUUAUGGAACAUUAAAUAAUUAUUUUUGAAAUGAUUGCUAUGCAGGUUUAAACUUUUUUAAUGAUCAAAACUAUUAAAAACCAGAGUUCUUUGUUUAAUCAAAA